AUGAAAGAAAAAACAAAGAUACACGAACUGUUCAGCUUGGCGGCCGAACGAAACACAUUUCUUAAGAUUUGUGCUCCGAUGGUAAGAUACAGCAAAUUAGAGUUUCGCAGUCUAGUUCGUACAUAUGGUACCGACUUAGCCUUUACCAGCAUGAUUAUGGCUGAUUCUUUUUGUAAGAGCGAAAAAGCCCGUCUCAAUGAGUUCACCACAAACAAAGAUGACACACCGCUAAUAGCCCAAUUUGCAGCUAAUAAUACAAUUGAUUUUUGGUCCGCCAGCGAGAUGGUUUUCCCUUAUGUCGACGGUGUUGAUCUCAACUGUGGCUGUCCUCAGCGCUGGGCGAUGGCCGAAGGGUACGGAAGUGCGCUGUUGAAAACUCCCGAACUAAUAGCCGACAUGCUAGGUACGGUGCGCCGCAACAUCCCAGGGCCGUUUAGCGUUUCGGUUAAGGUGCGGUUGCUUUCUAGCUCGAACCAUAAACACACAGUUGAUAUGUGCCGUCAGCUGGAAGCCACCGGCAUUACAUUCCUUACCGUGCACGGUCGAACAGCGGCCGAGAUGACGAAGGUACCGGUACAUAGGGAAGCGCUGCAGGAAAUUAAGCAAUCCCUUACCAUCCCCAUGGUUGCCAAUGGUGAUAUUUUCACGCUGGACGAUGCAGAACAAAUGUACUCCCAAACAAAGUGCGACGGCGUCAUGGUAGCCCGUGGCAUACUUUCCAACCCGGCCCUAUUUUCGGGCCACAAAAGCACGCCGGUAGAGUGUGUAAAACGAUGGUUGAACAUUUGCCAGCAAGCCGAUACCGACAUAACGUACCAAUGCAUGCACCAUCACUUUUCGUUUAUGACCGAAUCGCUUCUUACCAAGCGAUUACGCUUACAGCUAAAUAAUCUGUCCAAGGAGAAGCAAAACGUCUACGAAUUCGUCAGAACGCAUUUGUCGUUAGAUGAUGUUGUUGACGAUACGUUUAUGUAUGAUUACCCACCAAAGGUAAGUUGCUUCUAUAACGAUCAAAACUAUCACAAAAGGGCAACGGAACAUGGCGCAAAGAGUAAUAUUACUGCGAAUGGUUGUGUAUACGACCCGGAAGCGUCGGAUGGUAACUUUUUUCGGAGCAAACUAGAUAAUACACAGUCUACGGAUGAUGAAGAGGAAGAUAUUGAUGGAGUUAGCUUUUUGUUCGACGAGUGA